ACUUCUCCAGACUGCGCGAGCGAGGCUAUAGUACAAACAACGACUUAGAUACUAGAUGCGUCAUUGCGCACGAGAAGGAGGAAAAGCACGCGAGGCAGUGACAGAGUCUGGUCUAGGAUUGAUAUUUACAUUUUACCCUGUCGUAUUUCACUACAGAAGAGAAUAUCCAACAACACAUCGUGGCUAAUACUUCGGUCUGGAGUGGGAAGAACUAGAUAGCAAGAGAUGCAGCCAGCAACAGCAAAGUGGUAUGACAGAAGGGACUCCGUCUUCAUUGAGUUCCUGGUAGAAGACAGCAAAGAUCUACAAGUGAAGUUUGAAAAAUCUAAACUUGAUUUCCGUUGUGUUGGCGGGAUUGAAAACCUCAAACAUCAAAAUGAAUUGGACCUUUUUGACUCAAUUGACCCCAAUGCAUCUAAGCACAAACGUACAGACAGAUCGGUGUUGUGUUGUCUAAAGAAGUCCAAGGCAGGAAGAGCAUGGUCACGGUUAACAAAGGACAAGGCAAAAUUUCAAUGGCUCGGUGUCGACUUCAACAACUGGAAAGACUGGGAAGAUGAUUCUGAUGAGGAUCUGUCCAGUUUUGACAAGUUCUCAGAGAUGAUGAACACGAUGGGAGGAGAAGAUGGCAUGCCAGAUCUCGGUAUGGGCGGUCUGGAAGGUCUAGAAGAGCACGACAGCGAUGAUGAAAAGAUGCCAGACCUGGAGUAAUGGAGCAUAUGAAGUCUUUGAACCGUAGAGAACAAGAAAGGAAAGCCUCAAAGGUCGGUUGAAGAGAGAGAUGGUAGAGUUGGUAGCAAUAUUUGAAAGGAGGAAACAUCACCAGUUUUCCAAACACGUCACAGGAACCUUACUGAGGAGAGACCGAGUCUGUCGUAAUGGCAUCACAGCAGAGCAUUCAACAGCCAAUGUCUUAGUGCUGUGCUUUGCUGUUCUAGUUCUGCAUGGACAAUUCAGUUGUUUCCAUGAUGUGUUGUGGGGUUCAGUUAUAUCGUGCUUUAACUUAACAACCAGGGGUGCCUUCAGCAGGGAACAGCAUUAUGGAACGUUCAGAUAGAAAUACGUCAUGUAGAAUUAAGGAAUUCGUGUCGGCUCUUCAUAUUUCUAUCUGCAACGUUUGACAAUGUUUCCCUGCUGAAUGUGGCCCUGCUCUAAUGGGAUAUGAAAGUCUUAAAGUUACACCCCACCUCCACCUUUUUAUUUAAUAACGUCAGUGAGGUUACGUAUUGAAUAUCAACAUAAUUGUAAAUUCUAAACAAAGAAAAAACAUGUUUUAAAACAACCGGCUAUUUUCAAUAAAGUUUUAUUUUAUUUUUAUGGAACAUGUCCCGUUUUAUUAGUUCGUACUGUACAUUUUGUUUCAGUUUUAUUUUUGUUAAUUUAUCGAAACAAGUUUUAGCUCGAAGCAAAUAUUUUUGCAAUGUACGUUAACAUCUGAAAAUAUUACCGGUAAUAGUUAAUUCAUUGAUUUUAAAUAAUUAGGUAUUUGGAAUUAAUGAAUUAAUAUGCAUGUUAAACUUAUUUUACAGUAUAGUGUAAGUUUUAUAAUGGUAAAAACCUUUCUGUGCAAUCACAUUUUGCAAGGAUGCUUUUGCUUUAGUGUAUAUAUAGGAACAUACAAAACACUUAAACUAUAUACCGGUAGUUUACUCCGUAUUUACUGGCAGUGGUCAUUGCACAUUGUUUUGUAUAAAACAAAAGUGUAGCAGCAAAUUAUAUCUUCCAUAUUCAAAGGGGUGCAGAAACAUAACAAAGAGAGAACAUGUCAUUAAAUGUCCAAAUUUCAUUUGCACUCACAGUAGAAAAUAUAAAUGCAAGUGUUAGUUAAAGCAGAUACACUACUAGGUUUCGCCAACCUGUUUCGCAGAUCAGGUUGAAGAAAUUUCAGUUGGUUAAAUGCAGUGGGAGUUUGUCUACAUAUUUCUAAUAAACUUGUCUCAGACUAA